AUGAAGGUAAAAAGUUAUUCAAAAACAGCAGAAGGAACUUUUAAAGAAAAAUUAAAAGAAGGUCCAAAUUUUGAAGACUUUUUAAGUGAAAAAAUUCCCAAAUAUGAUGGAAAAUUGAAACUAGACAAAAAUGACAAGUUUAGACUAAGAUUACCACCCUGGUUGAAGCGCGAAAUUCCCAUGGGUGAAAAUUACGCGCAAUUAAAAACGCAAUUGAGAGAUCUGAAGCUAGCGACUGUUUGCGAGGAGGCCAGGUGCCCAAAUAUUGGCGAGUGCUGGGGAGGAGGCGAGCAUGGAACUUCUACGGCGACUAUUAUGCUGAUGGGAGACACUUGCACCCGAGGUUGCAGAUUUUGUUCAAUAAAAACAGCUCGAGCGCCUCCACCGCUCAAUCCUGAGGAGCCUGUUAACACCGCGAUAGCCGUCGCAAAAUGGGGGGUUGAUUAUAUUGUAUUGACUUCCGUUGAUCGUGAUGACUUACCGGAUGGAGGAUCCAAUCAUAUUGCAGCUACGAUAAAGGAACUCAAGAAUCGGAGUAAUAUUUUAGUAGAGGCAUUAGUACCUGAUUUUGCAGGAAAUGAAACUUGUAUAAAAACAAUCGUUAACUCAAAAUUGGAUGUAUUUGCUCAUAACAUUGAAACGGUAGAACGUUUGACGCCAUUUGUACGAGAUCGACGAGCACAUUAUAAACAAUCGUUGAAAGUCCUAAAAAUGGCGAAAGAGCUAAACCCGAACUUAAUAACCAAGUCCUCAAUAAUGUUGGGCCUGGGAGAGACCGACGAGGAAGUAGAAACCACCAUCAGAGACCUGAGGUCUGCGGGAGUUGAUGCCCUGACAUUGGGCCAGUACAUGCAGCCGACGAAGCGCCACCUUAAGGUGAUCGAGUACGUUACUCCCGAAAAAUUCAAGCACUGGGAAGAGUUCGGGAACUCUUCUGGGUUCCUCUAUACUGCUAGUGGUCCGUUGGUGAGGUCCUCAUACAAGGCAGGGGAGUUUUAUCUCGCGAAUAUUAUUAAGCAACGCAACCAAGAUGUGGAUGUAAAUAUUUAAUUAAUUAAUUAAUUAGUUAAUUAAUUAAUUAAUUAAUUGAUUAGCUAAUUAAUUUAUUGAUAGCCAAUCUCAUGUCAAAGAGUGAUAGUUGUCGAUAGCUUUUUUGUUAAAAAUAAAUUAUUUUUGUUUAA